GGAAUGUGAACCAUAUCGCUCUCCCAUCCAUAACAUUAUGGAUUUUACUAAUCUACAUCUAAAGUAGUGCGUUGUUUACAUUUUGUUGAGUUUUCCUUACACAAUCUUCUUCCCCGUCGGGUAUUUCAACAGCGCUGUGAAAGUGCUCAGCCUUGAUAUCCUAACAUAUCUGGGCGUGGGCGAAAAAAAAUUACGGUGCUUCUUUUCCUCCAGUGAUGGCCACAGUUACCGUCGCAUCUAACACCAUGGCCGAUGAGUUGUGGCGUGAUUGCGCGGCCUGGCUAACCCGCUGCAACAUCAUUCCCAAUGACCACCGUGCUAAUCAUCCGGAUUCGGAUAUCAAGGUUCUCGCCACCAUUCUCCGCGAUGGGGUGCUGCUGUGUAAUUUAGCCAAUCUGUUUGAUCCAUCGUCAUUCGACAGAAAAGAUUUUAAUAGGAAGCCCCAGAUGGCUCACUUUCUUUGCAUACAAAACAUAAAACUUUUCCUGGAAGCAUGUAAAACAAACUUCGGGCUGAAGGAAUCUGAUUUGUUCGAACCAACGAUGUUAUAUGACCUAACCAACUUUCAUCGGGUGCUCUUAACUCUCUCGAAAUUGUCUACAUGCAGAAAAGUGCAAACUACACACAGCAUAUCUGGUUUCGCUGCGCACUCGGUACAGACAGAAAGAACCAGUUUAGACGAUGAUAUCUACAAAGAUUUGCAUGCAAGUACAUCCAAUCCAGUAGAAUAUUGCAGUCACGAUGAGCAUGAUAUGAAAGUAGAAGAAGUCUACCAGGAUUUAUGCUCGAUACAGAAUGCUACGCGAAAUCAGUUAGCUUCAUCGACUAACAACUUGGAGCAACGUGAUUUCGUAAUCAAGGAAUUGCUCGAUACGGAGAAAAAUUAUCUGGAAGCUUUGAACGCAUUAAAAUACGUUUUUAUGCAGCCCCUCGAGAAACUACUCUCCAAAGAAGAGAUACGUGCAAUUUUCCCUUGCAUAAGGGAGCUGGUAGAAAUUCAUAACAAAUUUCUAGAUCGACUGCAUGAGGCUGUCUGCCCGGGUUCCAAGCUCAAGCUCAGCACAACGUUCCUGGAAUUCAGAGAACCAUUUUUAAUUUACGGCGAAUACUGUUCCAGUAUGACCAGCGCGGUCGAAACAUUACGAGAAGUGUGUAAAAAAUCUAACACUGUCGAGCAGACCGUUUUGCAAAGCCAAAAAGAACAUAGCGAUGGAAGAUUGCAGCUUCGAGAUAUAUUGUCUGUUCCGAUGCAACGGAUUUUAAAGUAUCAUUUAUUGUUAGAUAAACUUGUACAAGAAACAGUGCCAACACAUGACGAUUUUCGUGGAUUAGAAAGGGCCAAAGAAGCAAUGGUAGAUGUUGCACAGUAUUCCAAUGAAGUGAAGCGAGACUCGGAACAUCUUAUAGUAAUACAAAAAGUUAAGGAAAGUAUUUCAGAUCUGAACUUACCAAAUGGCAACAAUCUCGAACAGUACGGUCGAUUACUUCUCGAUGGAGAUCUUAAUAUAAAAGCACAUGAAGAUCAAAAAAUGAAACAUCGAUAUGCUUUCGUGUUCGAAAAAGUGAUGAUACUUGUGAAAAAUUCUAAUACUAAGAUUGGGGAAGCCCAGUAUUCUUUUCGAGAAGCACACAAUUUGCUCGAUUAUAGGAUAGAGAUACUAAACUCUCGUCGUACUUUGGGUCGCGAUGGACGUUUAAAAUAUUCACUGCUGUUAGCACGCAAAACCCAAGCGACUGCUUUUACACUCUAUAUGAAAACUGAAGAAGAACGUGAAAAAUGGAAAAGAGCUUUCGAAACAGCAAUGGAAACAUUAGAACCCGUGGGAUGUAAGAAUACGGAUCACAAAUUUUUAAUACACACCUUUGAUACACCCGUCAUCUGCCGCCAUUGCUCCAAGUUCCUGAAAGGAAAAAUACACCAAGGUUAUCGUUGCAAGGUAUGCGAAAUAAUAGUACACCGAGGUUGCAUUUCAUCAACUGGUCGAUGCAAACAAUUGCAACAAACACCGCCCCCGGUAUGUGAUCGUUUGCUUUCGGAAUUCAAUUGGUUCGUGGGUACCAUGAAUCGGGAUUCAGCUACACAGCGGCUAGAAAACAAAAAGAUUGGAACCUAUCUGCUACGCGUCCGUCCGCAAGGUGCCUCCCAUGAAAGUGAAACCAUAUAUGCGCUUAGUCUGAAAACUGACAAGAAAAUAAUUAAACACAUGAAAAUUUAUCAGAAGAAAGAACCCCAAAACGUGUUUUAUUAUCUAUCGACAAGGAGAUAUUUCAAAACCAUAAUCGAGCUGGUUUCAUUUUACGAACGAAAUGACUUGGGAGAAAACUUUGCUGGCUUAAAUCAACUCCUGCAAUGGCCUUUCAAAGAAGAGAUAGUAAUUGCUGUUUAUGAUUUUGCCCCCAAUGAGCUGAACCAGUUACCAAUGCGACAAGGUUGCCAGGUAAUUGUAAUCGGCAAAGAAGGAGACAGCAAAGGUUGGUGGCGCGGCAAAACUUUGGAAAAGGUUGGAUUUUUCCCCAAAGAAUAUGUACGGCCAGCCGUAAUCGGUGAGGUAUAGAGGAUCUAUUAAAAAGCAAACAUUGUCGUAAACGUAUUCCACUUUUGCUUUACAUCGAAUAUAAUGAAAUGGAAACCUCCUCCAUGUUCACUGUAUGGUAGGAGAAAUGUUGAAUAAUUGAAUUACAUUCAAGAAGUUGUUUUAAGCUAUAUCAGUAUGUUAAUAGAAAAAAAUAACAACUUUCGACGUAAUUGUAGAAAAUGCAACAAUAACAAAAACAUAUACAACAGGCUGCUGCGGAUAAUGCCAUUACAAUGAAAGGUUAACAAGGAAGUUCUAUUCCUCGUACGGUUGUCAGUUCAUCAGGCAGGAUUUUAAUUUUAAAUGGGUGAUUUUAAACAUAUUUUAAAUAUGACGCAGAACCGAUAACACUGGAAAGGAGACACACAAUGUGCUUUCACAAAUGAGUAGAGUUGAAAAUGUAAAACAUUGCAUAAAAUAUAAUAAUGUGUGUAUGUGUAUAUGUGCUUUUACUGUUUGAUGUGCAUAAAAAAAACAAAACAGAAAAGUUUCAUGAAAGCAAAAACUGCAAAAAGAAAUAUAACUUACUAAAUCCGACUUUCAAGUUGGAUGUCCAAAUUUUGGUCGAAUGUUAUACGCAAAAGAAACGUAUAUAUUAAACCGUAAAAUAGUUGUUACUAAUGGAUAUCGUUUAUCAGUGAGCGCAAACACGCUGAUUGUUUUUUAAAAUAAAUUUUGUCUAGGUGGAAUGAUUGUUCAUGUACCCAGAAUAUACACGUUGUAUUACA